AGCUACAGAUUUCUGAAGAUAGCUAGCCCCAAUCGGAUCAAUUGUUCAAGCAUGGCUGCCCCAGUUGUCCCCAGUUUGAUUGUCAAUGAACUUCUUAAUAAAGACAACUACGAAGAUUGGAAGUUUCGGGUCGAAACCUAUUUAGUAGCUAAAGGUCUCUGGGGUGUUGUAGAAGACGACGCUGAGCCUCGUCGUAAAGGCAAAGAUAAACGUGAGGCCAGGGAAAAGAACAACGCCGAGGCUCUGCAUGCAAUUCAUAUUUGUUGCGGAAAUGAUGCCUUUUCAGCUAUCAGGGGCAAAAAGUCAGCCAAUAAAGCCUGGCAUGCUUUGGCUGCAUACGCAGGUUAUGAGGACACCUCAGGCGAUAGUGAUAGUAGUGAUGGUGAGACAACACAAAAACUAGAGAUGGAAGAUGCUGGAACAGAAAAAGAAGCGGUUGAAGGCGAUCUUCAAAGUGAUGAUAAGCCAGAGAAAGAAGAAGCUGUUGAGCCAGAGAAAGAAGUGGUUGAAGGAGAUGGAGAUGGAGAUGAGAACAGUUGCAACGACAACACUGACUACGAACCUUUGUUUCAUGCUGCAAAACUUUCGAAGUGGGACGUUGUAAUGGACUUUAUUAAAAAACACCCCGAGGCAGUAACAGAAACCGCUCCAACAGACGACGACAAGACAGUUCUCCAUUAUGCAGUCGAUGCUGUGCGGGUGGAUAUUGUAAAACAGUUGUUGCCGUUUAUCAAAGAUAAAGAUGAUUUGGAAAUAAUGGACGGUGAAUGUUGUACAGCACUUGAAUACUGUUAUAUGUUGCCUGAUAAAGAUGAAAUGGUCGAAAUAGCUAAAUGCUUGGUUCAAAAGACGGAGGAGCUAAUUGCAGGUGGUGUCGAUUAUCCCUACUUACUUGUCGAAGCUUUUAUUAACGGCAGACCAAAAAUGGCUGACUAUCUCUAUAAGGUCACUCAACUCAAAACUGACGAUCCCCGUGCCGCUCAACUUAUUUCCCUCAGUUUUAGCACGAAAAGAUUUGAUAUUGCGUGCGAUCUAAUCCAGCAAUACCCAAGCUUGGCUGUUGCUGAAGACUACUCUGACAAUUCCCCUUUGAAUGAAUUGGCAUGUACACCUUCUGCAUUCUUUAGUGGAAGCCAGCUCAAGUUUUGGGAAAAAUGGAUUUAUCACGUUAUAAACAUAAAACCUAGUCCUACCAUCAAGAGCGAGAAAGCAUCUACUCUUACCAUGGACAAGGACAGCAAAGGAAAGCCUACUCCCACACCCGAUGCAAUUUCCAUAGACGUCGUUCCAAUACAAGAAGAUGGAAAAGAUAAUUAUAAGCAGAGUGGCCUCAUUCGCUCAGGUAAUUAAGUGGAAGCGCGGACAUGCAUUCCUUAAUUUUUG